AUGCCUUCAUUGCCGUCCAAGGAUGAAGCAGGAUCUACAGACAGUGCCGCAAAAGACGACUCCGAGAUGGAAAGCGAUGGAGAACACUUGACGACCGAAAUUCAACGUGUUUUCAUGACUCUCAGGGCUUGGACUAGUUGCCUUGCAAUUAGGGACACCCUCUCGAACCUCUCAGAGUCAAUCUUCUGGAUGUGGACCCAAAUUAUCUUGUGGAUCCUUGCAUCUUUCCCUUACAUUUCUCGACGCGUUCUCAACAAAACUACACUCCUUGGGAUAUUGGCUGUUCUUGUUGGUCUUGUCGGCCUAGCGGUUUACGGAUGGGUCGCUUCUGUCCAUGCAAGUGUUUACGGAUGGGCCGGUUCUGUUCUGCACAUAGGUCCAUGUUCAAUUUGCAAGGCAUCCAGGGAAAACUUCUUUCGAACAGCCUGCUACCCAAAAGACAUCACCGCUGAUGUCAUGAACACGUUCAACGAAACUUACGCCAAUUUCGAUACAGCUAUGGCUACCAGAAAUCUUAUUUCCACCGCUCCAAUAGACCUUCGCUGCAGCCGCAGCUCCCUUCACGGUGACCUCUUGCGUCUCCGAGCCCUCAAUGCUACUCUUAAUAUUCCUAGUGCCAACUUCGCUUCUAUCGAUAGCCAAACCGUCAAUGUGCUCGAACUGAGCAAAGCAAUAUCGGACGUACUGUUCCGCUGUCUCUCAAGACUUGCAUCGACAGUGGCAGUAGUGGACUACCAGACCAAUGUUACGAUAGCGGAAAUUGCAGCCUUCCGAGCAGGGAAGACGUCUCCGUACAUCUCUAUCCCUGGAAAACGGCCUCGCCGAGUAGAUGCUCAACAUGCUCUGUCUAUCAGAUUUGAAGGGCACGUUCUCUCCUGGCAAAAAUUCAUGGAGCCUCUUUUAGCCGUUGAUAAGGCCCUUCUCGAUACAAUCGGGCAAGUAUAG